GGGGGUGGGGGGGGGGGGGGGGGGGGGGGGGGGGGGGGGGGGGGGGGGGGGGGGGGGGGGGGGGGGGGGGGGGGGGGGGGGGGGGGGGGGGGGGGGGGGGGGGGGGGGGGGGGGGGGGGGGGGGGGGGGGGGGGGGGGGGGGGGGGGGGGGGGGGGGGGGGGGGGGGGGGGGGGGGGGGGGGGGGGGGGGGGGGGGGGGGGGGGGGGGGGGGGGGGGGGGGGGGGGGGGGGGGGGGGGGGGGGGGGGGGGGGGGGGGGGGGGGGGGGGGGGGGGGGGGGGGGGGGGGGGGGGGGGGGGGGGGGGGGGGGGGGGGGGGGGGGGGGGGGGGGGGGGGGGGGGGGGGGGGGGGGGGGGGGGGGGGGGGGGGGGGGGGGGGGGGGGGGGGGGGGGGGGGGGGGGGGGGGGGGGGGGGGGGGGGGGGGGGGGGGGGGGGGGGGGGGGGGGGGGGGGGGGGGGGGGGGGGGGGGGGGGGGGGGGGGGGGGGGGGGGGGGGGGGGGGGGGGGGGGGGGGGGGGGGGGGGGGGGGGGGGGGGGGGGGGGGGGGGGGGGGGGGGGGGGGGGGGGGGGGGGGGGGGGGGGGGGGGGGGGGGGGGGGGGGGGGGGGGGGGGGGGGGGGGGGGGGGGGGGGGGGGGGGGGGGGGGGGGGGGGGGGGGGGGGGGGGGGGGGGGGGGGGGGGGGGGGGGGGGGGGGGGGGGGGGGGGGGGGGGGGGGGGGGGGGGGGGGGGGGGGGGGGGGGGGGGGGGGGGGGGGGGGGGGGGGGGGGGGGGGGGGGGGGGGGGGGGGGGGGGGGGGGGGGGGGGGGGGGGGGGGGGGGGGGGGGGGGGGGGGGGGGGGGGGGGGGGGGGGGGGGGGGGGGGGGGGGGGGGGGGGGGGGGGGGGGGGGGGGGGGGGGGGGGGGGGGGGGGGGGGGGGGGGGGGGGGGGGGGGGGGGGGGGGGGGGGGGGGGGGGGGGGGGGGGGGGGGGGGGGGGGGGGGGGGGGGGGGGGGGGGGGGGGGGGGGGGGGGGGGGGGGGGGGGGGGGGGGGGGGGGGGGGGGGGGGGGGGGGGGGGGGGGGGGGGGGGGGGGGGGGGGGGGGGGGGGGGGGGGGGGGGGGGGGGGGGGGGGGGGGGGGGGGGGGGGGGGGGGGGGGGGGGGGGGGGGGGGGGGGGGGGGGGGGGGGGGGGGGGGGGGGGGGGGGGGGGGGGGGGGGGGGGGGGGGGGGGGGGGGGGGGGGGGGGGGGGGGGGGGGGGGGGGGGGGGGGGGGGGGGGGGGGGGGGGGGGGGGGGGGGGGGGGGGGGGGGGGGGGGGGGGGGGGGGGGGGGGGGGGGGGGGGGGGGGGGGGGGGGGGGGGGGGGGGGGGGGGGGGGGGGGGGGGGGGGGGGGGGGGGGGGGGGGGGGGGGGGGGGGGGGGGGGGGGGGGGGGGGGGGGGGGGGGGGGGGGGGGGGGGGGGGGGGGGGGGGGGGGGGGGGGGGGGGGGGGGGGGGGGGGGGGGGGGGGGGGGGGGGGGGGGGGGGGGGGGGGGGGGGGGGGGGGGGGGGGGGGGGGGGGGGGGGGGGGGGGGGGGGGGGGGGGGGGGGGGGGGGGGGGGGGGGGGGGGGGGGGGGGGGGGGGGGGGGGGGGGGGGGGGGGGGGGGGGGGGGGGGGGGGGGGGGGGGGGGGGGGGGGGGGGGGGGGGGGGGGGGGGGGGGGGGGGGGGGGGGGGGGGGGGGGGGGGGGGGGGGGGGGGGGGGGGGGGGGGGGGGGGGGGGGGGGGGGGGGGGGGGGGGGGGGGGGGGGGGGGGGGGGGGGGGGGGGGGGGGGGGGGGGGGGGGGGGGGGGGGGGGGGGGGGGGGGGGGGGGGGGGGGGGGGGGGGGGGGGGGGGGGGGGGGGGGGGGGGGGGGGGGGGGGGGGGGGGGGGGGGGGGGGGGGGGGGGGGGGGGGGGGGGGGGGGGGGGGGGGGGGGGGGGGGGGGGGGGGGGGGGGGGGGGGGGGGGGGGGGGGGGGGGGGGGGGGGGGGGGGGGGGGGGGGGGGGGGGGGGGGGGGGGGGGGGGGGGGGGGGGGGGGGGGGGGGGGGGGGGGGGGGGGGGGGGGGGGGGGGGGGGGGGGGGGGGGGGGGGGGGGGGGGGGGGGGGGGGGGGGGGGGGGGGGGGGGGGGGGGGGGGGGGGGGGGGGGGGGGGGGGGGGGGGGGGGGGGGGGGGGGGGGGGGGGGGGGGGGGGGGGGGGGGGGGGGGGGGGGGGGGGGGGGGGGGGGGGGGGGGGGGGGGGGGGGGGGGGGGGGGGGGGGGGGGGGGGGGGGGGGGGGGGGGGGGGGGGGGGGGGGGGGGGGGGGGGGGGGGGGGGGGGGGGGGGGGGGGGGGGGGGGGGGGGGGGGGGGGGGGGGGGGGGGGGGGGGGGGGGGGGGGGGGGGGGGGGGGGGGGGGGGGGGGGGGGGGGGGGGGGGGGGGGGGGGGGGGGGGGGGGGGGGGGGGGGGGGGGGGGGGGGGGGGGGGGGGGGGGGGGGGGGGGGGGGGGGGGGGGGGGGGGGGGGGGGGGGGGGGGGGGGGGGGGGGGGGGGGGGGGGGGGGGGGGGGGGGGGGGGGGGGGGGGGGGGGGGGGGGGGGGGGGGGGGGGUGGGAAUUUAG